GUUCUCCGGUUUUUCGGUCUUCUUCUUCUUCCAAAAUGUUAGAGAGCAACUCCAAUUCCGAAAGGAGCUACGAUUCUGAUGAUUCAGAGUACAAUUUUAUCCCUGGCCACAUCAACAUUGGCAAUAUUGAAGUCGAAGACGAUGAAAAUUUAGGCGAAGAGCAAGUUUCCCAGCCAGACCCAGACAACUACAAACCCUAUGAGGACAAGCCGAUAGCAACUGAAGAGUGGCUUUCAGAAUACAAAAAAAGGCAAGAAACGCAAGUUGAGUUUGAGCGAAAGCUCCAGGAUUGUUACGAUGGGAAACAACUCGUAAAUUCGUGGUGCAAAUGUGGUGCAUGUAGUGCAGAGAAUCUGCAGAACCCGAACGAAUUCCAGUGCUGCAUGGAAAUAGAAGAGUGUGUGGAGUGUCUAUCUAGUGAAAGGGUAAUUGAAGAAGUAAGCACAAAGCUGAACUGUGUUACGCAGCAUCCCAGAUUCAGCCAAGUUUGCCUGCAAAAGUGGAGUUUGCGGUUGGCUGCUGAUAAAUACAAGACAAGAAAUAAGACGAAGUAUCAUCAGACUGGAACGGAAAACAGGUUUCUGCGUGGUAUUUCCUAUCGAGAAUUUACUCGCCUUGUCCACGGAUACUUAGGUGGGAGGAGGAUACCUUUGCCUGCAUGCACAUACCAUGCAAUAAGAACAACAUUUCCAGAGGAGAAAUCUUCAUAUGCUGGAUUUGAAACUGAAGAUGUUGAAUGAUGGACAGCUCAUAGACAUGAAUUGAACAUUGUUUCAUAGUUAAACAAAUUGGAAUAUUUAUAUCUCUGAAGUUCUCAUUUUGCUUCAUUUAGAUUCCCUUCUGAUUUUU